UGUCUAACCUCUCCCCAGCUGUGAUCAUGAGAUCAGGCAAACAGAGAGUUUUGGUUAAGCAUUUUUCUCACAUUAGCAGGGAACUGUCAUUGUAGAUCAGUCACACAUGAUCAGUCACUCUCUCUGACUAGCAUCAAUAUGCUUUCACCAGUGCUGCUCAUGGUGGCCUUGCUGACUGUCCUUACCGUCACCAUGGAGUCUGACCACUGGAUAACAGACCAGCAGGAAAAGUUCUGUACAUGGCAGUGUUUGAAGUUUACUCUGCAGUGGCCUGGGAGCUUCUGUUUGGGUCUAAAGAAUUCAUCACAAUGCAGAAUACCUCCAAACAUCCAGACCUGGACUAUCCAUGGACUGUGGCCUUUGAAAGCUCAUACAUGUUGUCUCUGCUGGCCAAUAUUCCACUCUGACCUCAAGGAACUGGACCCUGAACUCUCUCAACUUUGGCCAUCCCUACUCAAGACCCAAUCCAGUUUUCUCUUCUGGAAAGAUGAAUGGAUCAAACAUGGCUCUUGUGCUGCUUGUGUGGAGGGCAUGAACUCUCCCUUGCGUUACUUCCAGAUAUGUCUGAAACUACGCGGGCGCUUCGAUAUUGACCGAGCCUUGGAGGACGCAGGCAUAAAGCCCUCCUGUAACCAGUCUUAUCCAGGACGAGAAGUAUUGGUCCAGGUGAAGAUCCCUCUGUCUCAAAACCUCACCCUUGGAUGUCAUCACAAAGAGGACCAGGGAGCUGAACCAGAACCUACCCAGCUCUGGCACACCUUUCCUGGGCACCCCUGUCCACAGGACUCCCCUGUCUUUUACUUCCCUAUAAAACACGACCGCCCACACCAGCCAUGUGACUAGUGUUAUGUCUGCCUUCACCACAGACGGGGCUGCCAUGCCUGCUGGCUUAACCUAAUGAUAAGCAAGUUCUUGAAUUGCAGGGCUCACAUCUGACACAGAUUACAUUUAAGGCACUCAUGUCAUACGCAGGCACUUUAUGUCCUUUAAGUAUUUUUCUUUUGCAAACAUGCUUUUGGUGAGUCCAAAUAUACAUUUUGUAGGCAAAAUAAAUGAGUAUUUUAAAGCA